AUGGCUGAGGUCCAAUAUGCUCCAAUGUCAUACGACAAAUUCUACGCCCCUCGUCGCUCUAACUCUGAACCAAAUUUCGACCAUCUAUCAUAUCUCUCCCAUAAACCUGAAUCCUUUGAAGCUCGAAUGGCUUCAUCUUCAUCUACUGCGACGGAUUCGCCGCGCAAUUCUCUCACCUCGAUAUCGACUGUCUCUUCAUGUGGUUCCUACUUCGAUUCGGCUAGCAACCAAUCCUCGAUAGACCCUUAUGAGGCCGAAGACACUUUCUCCUUCCCAUCGUAUGAUGACUUUAGUGCAAACGACUCUGACAAGCCGACAUUCAUCCAUCUGGAGCAGUCGAUAGAAGGCGAUGACGAAGAAGAGGAAGGUCCACCGUCAUCACCGACCACCAACAGUAUCCCCAAAAUUAUCACAACUCCCGCCGAACUUCCUGUAGCGGCUAUUGAUGACAUCACCCUGCGAGUCGAACCUUCUCGACAUGUUGAUUAUCUUUCUUAUGAAUGGAAGGAGGAAGACAUCUGGGCUUCUUGGAGGUAUAUGAUCGGGAAGAGGAAGGUGUAUGAUAAUGCCGCUCGUCUGGAGAAUGCUUCGUGGAGAACCUGGAUGAAAGCAAAGAACAAGUUAAAGACCGUAUCUCCGGAAAAACUUAAUUGGAUGAAGGACUACGAUGUCACUUGGCUCUAUGGACCGCUCUCAACGGCUCCAGAACGCUCAUCAUUCUCAAUCUCACCAACAUCUCCGGAGUGCUCUAGUGCUCCUCGGAACCCUUGCCACAAGAAUACCAAAAAGGCUAGCAUUCUGAAGAAACGUAGCAUGUCCGAGGUUCUUCUCCAACGAUCUAUCAGCAGUUCCAAUCUGUUGAAGCAAGCCACUGCUUCGAUAAGGUCACAGCAGUCGCAAAACCAUCACAGAUUAUCACGACCUGUUAUGCCAAAUAGAGCAGUCUCUGACUACGCAACCUACCCCUUUGUAUCACACACUGCAGCCGCAACCACGAACGAAGGGACUAGCAAGACGACAUCCACCAUGGAAUCUGGGAUACAAUCGCCUUCAUCCUCUAGGAAACAUAUUCAUUUCAAUGAUCGAGUGGAGCAAUGUAUCGCAGUCGAAGCUAAGGAAGAAGACGAAGAGAUGGACCAGGAUAUGGGAUUCGACGACGAGGAAGAUGACUCUGAUGAGGGUGGUCUGUUCCUGAAUAUGUCAAAUCGUCCUAAGAAUGGAAGCCGCCAGAACUCGAAAGGAAGCACAUCAGAACCUCAGACAAUCCAAAAGCUUCCCUCCACUACUCUCAAGGCUGAAGUUGAGCCAUCCGAAUUAAAACAAUCAACAUCAAGUAACAAUCUGUCUGCUUUGCUCUUCGGAGCUGGCACUGCUGGCACUGCUGGCACCGGUCUUGGAUCCGGAACCGCCUUUAUGUUUGAUGAGGAAGAUGAUGAUGACCCGAUUGAAUGGGAGCCCAAGUGGACAACUCGCAAGGACAGCAUUUCUCUAAACCGCAGUCGAUUCGGUGAACUGGAUGACGAAUAUGGUGGCUUUGCUGAAUGCCCACCCACUCCUCCUAGCGGCAACGAAGGAAUUUUCGGAAGAGCCGUUGAUGCUGUCAACACAGCCCGUGACAUUGCUCACGUUUUCUGGAAUGUUGGCUGGGCCAGUCGACGAUAG